AUGCGGCCAGGGGAGAGGCCGCAGGGCAUCUCCGUUGCCAGGCUCCCACUCCUGCUCCCGCUCCCCAGGAACCUCAUCCUGAAGAUGGUGGUCCUCGGGCUGCUCUGCUACCAGUGGCUCAGCCGCAAAGUCGUCUGCUCGUCAGAAGCGUGCUGGGAGACGUGCGUGGGGCAGGACCUCUACCGCUUCAUGGUGAUGGACUUCAUAUUCACGCUGCUGGACACCAUCUUUGGGGAGCUGAUCUGGAGGCUGAUCUUGGAGAAGAGGCUGAAACGGACGCAGAGGCCCGAGUUUGAUAUUGCCCGCAACGUGCUGGAGCUGAUCUAUGGGCAGACCCUGACCUGGCUCGGCGUCCUCUUUUCACCGCUUGCUCCUUGUCUGCAGACCAGCUUGAUGCAAAACUGCCAGUCCCCCAGCAAGCCCUGGCAAGCGUCUCAUAUGAGCACUGUCUUCAUCACCCUGCUGUGCUUCCCGUCCUUCCUGGGUGCAGCCAUCUUCCUCUCCUACACCAUCUGGUCGGUGAAGCCAUCGGAAACCUGUGGUCCAUUCCAGGGGCUGGAAACCAUCUACGAGUCAGGGAAGACCUGGGUGCGCUUGCUGGAGAAGUCCAACCCAAACAUCACCUGGUUUACCUGGAUCUACCAGUACCUCGUGGAGAACACCUUCUUCUUCUUCGUCGUGUCUGGAGUCCUGCUAACCAUGAUCUACUUCAACAUCCAGGUGGUGAAGGGCCAGCGGAGAAUCAUCCGCCUGCUGAAGGAGCAGAUCGCCAACGUGAGUGAGCUCUGUGCGGCGUGA